AUUGCUUUGCGUAUCGCUCUUUGGUCUUCAGUCUUGAAACGCAACAUGGGCGACAAGAGGUCUGGAUCAAGCGCCAUCUCCGUGCCUCCCCCGCACAUCGAGCUGCAAAAAGAGUUUGAGGAACAACAGCUGGCAACAAUUUGCGGCUACACGCAGCACAUGCAGCAACUACAGCCCAGCAGCGUAGGAGUGGAGGGAGGAGCACGACUGCUCUCCCGAGCGGACUGGGGAGCCCGCGUGCCCAAGUCCGUGGACUAUUUCGAGGGACCCGCUCCGUACGUCAUCAUCCAUCACUCGUACAUGCCCGCCGCCUGCUUCAGCACUGCUGAAUGCAUGAAGAGCAUGCGGGAUAUGCAGGACUUCCAUCAGGUGGAGCGCGGAUGGAACGACAUCGGCUAUAGCUUUGGCAUCGGAGGCGAUGGGAUGAUCUACACGGGUCGUGGCUUUAACGUGAUCGGAGCCCAUGCCCCCAAAUACAACGACAAGAGCGUGGGCAUUGUCCUCAUCGGAGAUUGGAGAACUGAAUUACCGCCCAAGCAGAUGCUGGAUGCUGCCAAGAACCUGAUCGCUUUCGGCGUGUUCAAGGGGUACAUUGAUCCCGCCUACAAACUGUUGGGCCACAAGCAGGUGCGCGACACAGAGUGCCCCGGCGGUAGACUCUUCCAAGAGAUCUCCACGUGGCCGCACUUCAACAAUUCAAUCCGUUUGAACACAACGACGGAGCAGCCACAAAAGGUAGAGCCACAGCAACAGCACCAACCCAAGACCCUGCCUGCGAACCCCAAGGUCUAGUUAAGCUCACUUCUAAUAUUAAUCCUAAUCCCCAAUACCAUAAAACGCCACACGAGCUCACGGCUCCCCCGCUCAAUGCCAAGGAGUUCAUUCAGUAUUCAUUAGAUGUCUCUCUGCGAACAUUUCACAAAUAAAGCAAUUUCUAGAUGAUAACACUUAAGCGAA